CACUGCCCUGCAGCAUUUUAUCUCGAGUUCAGGGAAGGAACUCCUUCCUCUUUCCCAUAAGUCUAUUGCCGUCCUUGCUCUUUGAUGGGUUUAUUCAGGAUUUCCUGCUGAGCCAAUCAAGGAGGAAUGCAGGGCGAUGGCCGUCUGGCGUUGAUAGCCCUCGUUUGCAAGUCUUUUUUGUACUUCAGCCAGAGGUUGUUGCAGCUCGGCGGAGGCACAAGUCGGCGCUGCCUUUUGGACUUAUCAUUUCUUUCAUCAUGAGUUCUGAAUUAAAUGUUCCGGUGGAUCCUUCCACUCCUGCUUGUUGCUCUGAACCUGGCACAAAAGGCAUGGAUUAUCGGGACUGGGUCCGACGCAGCUAUCUGGAAUUGGUCACAUCAAAUCACCACUCCGUUCAGGCCCUUUCAUGGAGAAAAUUGUACCUGAGCCGAGCCAAACUCAAAGCUUCCAGCAGAACCUCUGCUCUGCUCUCUGGAUUUGCCAUGGUUGCCAUGGUGGAGGUGCAGUUGGAAAUGCAGUACAAGUACCCCCAGAUGCUGCUGAUUGCUUUCAGUGCCUGCACAACAGUGCUAGUGGCAGUUCAUCUCUUUGCCCUGCUCAUCAGCACCUGCAUUCUGCCUAAUGUGGAAGCGGUGAGCAACAUCCACAACCUGAACUCCAUUAGUGAAUCCCCACAUGAACGCAUGCAUCCCUACAUAGAGUUGGCAUGGGGCUUCUCCACAGUGUUGGGAAUCCUCCUUUUCCUGGCGGAAGUUGUGCUUCUCUGCUGGAUAAAAUUUCUGCCUGUGGACUCCAUGCUGAAAAAUGACACCACUACCAUCCAGAAGCCCAGUGGCCAUGCAGGUUGGCAGGCAGCCCUGGUCUCCACCAUCAUUAUGGUCCCAGUGGGUCUGAUCUUCGUCGUCUUCACCAUUCACUUCUACCGGUCUUUGGUGCGGCACAAAACGGAGCGCCACAACCGGGAGAUUGAAGAGCUUCACAAACUGAAAGUGCAGUUAGACGGGCAUGACCGAGGCAUGCAGGUAGUGUGACAAAGAGGGAGAGGGCUGCUUCCAGCAAAUCCACUGAGCUGAGGCUAAGAGCAAAACACCUGUUUUGAUAGUUGGCGAGACACACCAAUGAUGGAUUGUUUUGAGGCUUAAAUAUCUAAAUGCUAAUUGCCUGCCAUAUGUAGCUGUGGGUUCUAGUGCUGUUUCAGAUGCUGUGGUUUCUGGCCUGUUUCUGGUCCUACACACUUGUAUAUUUAAAUAGACACUGCCAUGGAGUUAAGGCCAAAACUUUAUCUACAUUAAUGUUGGUACAAGUAGCCAAAUAUCUAUAUUUUUUACAAAUGCAACAUUCUCUUGCCAAGUGUAAAACUGCAUCAGCUGUCUAAAAAGCCAGUGUGUGUGUAGGACCUGUCUUGUGUGUCAGACCUCCCUGGCUGUCAGUGCAGCAGCACUUAACUGGCAGCUUCUUUCUAGAGCUGAGCUGGUUAAUGAUGGUAUCUGCAGUCGACUUGAGGAUAUUCAAGAAAGCACAAUAGAAACUGACUGUUCACCACCUUUGCUCCAAAACGGGUGCUCUAGAAAUAGGAAACCAGAAAGAAAUCAGCCUUAGCUUUUAUUUUCUUUUCUUGCUAUUCCUUACUAUAUUUUUACAGCUGGGAGGGUAGAAUUUCAGAUUACUGGAGGCUGGGAAGUUCUGUCGUACUUACUUCAACAGCAUUUGUCAACUUAGAUCGAACAAAUGCCAAGAUCGUGUGAUCUUUCCAAUACAAGGCAAGAGUGCCCAGGGAAGGCUUACAGGUGUGUUAAUUUUAACAAGGACAUUCUUAAAACAGAACAGUGGCAAGGAAUUUAAUGAGACAUAGAACUUUGAAGGACUAGAAAAGCAAGUUUCAAGGAGGUAGGGAGCAAUAGUGUAUAGCAUACUGUGGAAAUCUGUUGCUAUGUCGCCUUCAUUUAUGUAUGGUUGCAAUGUCUCUUGCUAGCCUGGUUUGCUGGAGAGGGCAAGCCCCAACUCUCUGUAUUUCAUCACUUUUGGUUGUCAGUUGUAGCAUUAGCCCACAGAAAAUUAACGUUUCCUUCUCUGCCACCAAAGCAAACAACUUCUCUGGUGGAACCUGGAGUUGUUAUAAGUCUGAUGGAGCUGGCUCCAGUGGGAGAGCUGUAUGUCGUUAAAGAGCUAUCACAUUUCAUUUAAGCUGGCUUUUUUUCAGCAGCAGCAAAAACAACCCUUGCAUGUCUGUAUUGCUUAGCAAGAAAAGUCUGUAAAUUCUACUAGCAUCCUCUUCAGUGAAAACUUCUAUAAAAAAUAACUUUAUGAUUUAUGGUAACUUUAUGGAGGGAAAAGUAUUUUGCAACCAUGAGCUCUUUUAAGGAAAAGUAAGGCUUUUUGACACACAGCACUAAAAGAAGCAUAAGCACGUUUUCUUGGCCCUGCUCUGCACUUGACCAUCACAGUUUUUACAGUCUCUCAGGCCACAGGUUUCUGAAAUCAUUCAGGAUGUUUGUAAUGUUCUAUUUUACCCUGGUCCUUUAUUCCACUGGGAUUCAAGAAAUCUGAUGUCAGUAUACUACAUGUCAGCUUCCUGGAGGGGAGGGUACACGUAAAUCCCAGGGCAACAGGAGACAUUAUCCCUAUAUUUCUCUCGGAGGAGAGCCUUGGGAACCAAACUCUAAUCUCUCUUGUUUACAUUUGAAUUUGAUCAUUGCUGAACAAGUUGCUUAGCGCUAUGUCUGUGGCUUUCAUCUGUUGUUCUUACCCCAGUUGGUGUGUACCAUAUUGGCUGAUCUGCAGCAAAGAAAAUGUGUGCUAAAUGCUUAGUCUGUACUGCUUGUGCUCAUAUGCAAAAAAUGAGUGUCCUCCAGGAAGUGGGUGGUCAUAAAUUCAUAAAAUUCAUUUGGUGUCCUCAGGAGUCUGCCCUUUCUCCCUCCUGUCUCUUUUUUUACCACAAUAAAAAUUAAAGGUUUAUAUAAUAAAA